CACAGCCAGAUAAUCAUUAUUCUUCCCUUACGUCCCCCCAGCCCCCACCUGGGGCAGUCGCUCUCCCGGCUGCGUCCCUUUUCGUCCAUGUCCUAGCAGAGACUACAGAGCAGUACAGAGGCUCUCGCUGAAACCAGUCCCAGGCUCCACAGAGUCAGAUCACGGCUUCACACCAGUCGUUCUGGUCACUUAGGCGUUCGCGUGAGCGCUCAACCCCUUACCGCCACCUCAUCGUCACUCUACACCAUUCUGAGCGCAAAAAUGGUUUGAUUGAGACAAAUUUAGACCAAGCAAUGACCUUGUAAACAGAGAGAGGGGCUCAGACAUGCUGAGAAAUCCUUAUCUCUAGAGAAACGUCUUUAAAUGCUAAGUAAAAGCCCUAGCAAGUAAAAGCCCUGAGGCACUAGGGUGUCGGUUAGGGGUCACAGGCGGAGAGGUGGGGCGCCUGGGGGUUUCGGUAGGGAGCCACCCACAGAUAACUCAGACAGCCAGAUUCUGGGGGUCGUUCAGGUUGAAAGACUGGUCGAAAUUACGCGGGCAUGAGUCAGCGCAUCCCUACGCGCCCUCCGCCCCUUGAGGGUGGGUCGCUUAUAGGGAGGGGAGUAGAGUAGGGCAGGAGAAACUGGGCCAGGCUGCACUUAGCUCAAGGGGCCUCGAGGACUCUCUGCGUCUCUGGAGACAAGGGCACUACACGCACUUCAGAAUGAAGAGUUGCGGGAGCAUGCUGCGGCUCUGGGGGCAGCGGCUCCCCGCGGCGUGGGUCCUGCUUCUGUUGCCUUUCCUGCCGCUGCUGCUGCUUGCGGCCCCCGCGCCCCACCGCGCGUCCUACAAGCCGGUCAUCGUGGUGCAUGGGCUCUUCGACAGCUCGUACAGCUUCCGCCACCUGCUGGAAUACAUCAAUGAGACACACCCCGGGACUGUGGUGACAGUGCUCGAUCUCUUCGAUGGGAGAGAGAGCUUGCGACCCCUGUGGGAACAGGUGCAAGGGUUCCGAGAGGCUGUGGUCCCCAUCAUGGCAAAGGCCCCUCAAGGGGUGCAUCUCAUCUGCUACUCGCAGGGGGGCCUUGUGUGCCGGGCUCUGCUUUCUGUCAUGGAUGAUCACAAUGUGGAUUCUUUCAUCUCCCUCUCCUCUCCACAGAUGGGACAGUAUGGAGACACGGACUACUUGAAGUGGCUGUUCCCCACCUCCAUGCGGUCUAACCUCUAUCGGAUCUGCUAUAGCCCCUGGGGCCAGGAAUUCUCCAUCUGCAACUACUGGCAUGAUCCCCACCACGAUGACUUGUACCUCAAUGCCAGCAGCUUCCUGGCCCUGAUCAAUGGGGAAAGAGACCAUCCCAAUGCCACAGUAUGGCGGAAGAACUUUCUUCGUGUGGGCCACCUGGUGCUGAUUGGGGGCCCUGAUGAUGGUGUUAUUACUCCCUGGCAGUCCAGCUUCUUUGGUUUCUAUGAUGCAAAUGAGACCGUCCUGGAGAUGGAGGAGCAACUGGUGAGCCCCCUGGGAUUACUUCCCCUUCUAGCCGCUGUCCCACCUUAUUCCAGAGCCCUCUCUGUGACUCCUGAGCUGAAGGGUUCACCCUGUGGGGAGGAGGUCCAGGAUCCCAGCAGUAACUCACUUUGUCUCUCCUUGUGUCUCUCUUCCAUGCUUCCACGCCCCCUCGACCACCUUGAAGGUUUAUCUGCGGGAUUCUUUUGGGUUGAAGACUCUAUUGGCCCGGGGGGCCAUAGUGAGGUGUCCAAUGGCCGGGAUCUCCCACACAGCCUGGCACUCCAACCGUACCCUUUAUGAGACCUGCAUUGAACCUUGGCUCUCCUGAGGAUAUAUUCAGGGGUCCCCAGGAACUCCUCGGUCCAGAGACCAAGUGGUGGCCUUGGAAAGCAGAUGUCAGGCUUUGGUGUGCCUGUGACCACCUCAUUGCUCCCAUAUUAUCCCCCGUUUUUAGUAGAGACGGGGUUUUAGUAGAGACUUGGCCUCCCAGAACCCCCUUCCUCUGCUCCUCCAUGAAUGACAAUUCCAGGCCUCCCCUACCUCAUGUCCUCUCAUUUGGGGGAUUGCUCCGUGCUGUCCCUUUCUCUCAAGGCCGAAGUUGGGAAGUGAGAAACCAUGUUUUUAACUUGUGGCUGCUUUUGCUGCUGCUGCUCCUCCGUAUCUGGCUGUAUGGGUGGAGAACCCACCCCCUGCCCACCAUAGGGGUCUCCUUCCAGGCCACUCAGGACAUUUUUAGCUUCUCUUCUCCCCAUGUUCCCUUUUUUCUCUAAAGUCCCCUGACAUCAGCCCUCCCAACUCCUAAGAGGGACUACCCAUGAGAGUGGGGUUCUGAGGCUCCCCUAUGGGGACAGUUCCGUUCUUGAAGUGUCAGUGUUGGGGAAUAUCUGUGGCCUAUGAGGCCCAUCUCAGGUUUGGGGAUCCCCCAGUCCCUAUGAUCAGUGUUGGAGUACCCCCCUGGGAAAGCCUAGUUUCUUUGAGGCCCCAGGCCCUCUUUUAACUACCUUUGAAUAGGUGUUAUCCCUGUAUUUAUGGAAAUAAAGUUCCAUUUCCUCA